AUGGCCUCCAAACCUCUAUCAAAAGGACAACAGAAUUUUACUCAACUAGCUAUAGCAUGUGUCGAAGAGAUAACACAGGUGUUUAAAGAUACUUUUGAAACUCAAAUCAAACCAAAAGAUCUCUACAGUGCCAUCAUAAAAUGUUCAAAACUGACAAAUGGCAAGGACAAAUUAAACCAAUACCAGCAUAAAAUUUGUUGCAUCUUUCCACCACAAGUUCCUGACUAUAAUAAGUUCGAUGUUUCGCUGUUCUAUAAACUGAUGCGAAAUUUGUGUCCAAGUUUAGAACCAACAACAGGCUGGGGAAAUGCACCGAAUACAAGUGAUUUGCAAAUAGGAGAUGACAUUGAAAGACUCAGAAUAUUCAGGAACGAGAUGUUUGCACAUUUAGAAUCAUCAGAAGUUCCAGAUGGCAUAUUCUCACAAUGCUGGAAAGAGUUGAAAGGAUGCAUUCACAGAGCGCAGAGUUUUAUGGACUCGCAUGGAUAUUGCGUUAACUAUGACGAGGAACUCAAAAAUAUUGAAAAACUUGAUUUGAGUUGCAAAGAUAUGGACAAAUACAAACUUUUCUUGGAGGAAAUAAUGAUAAUGUGGAAAUUUUCACAGAAUAUAGAUGUUCCAGUGAUAACAAUAACAGGAAAUAGCAAUAUUCUUUGUGGAGAUAGGACAUGCUUUGAAGCCAAGACAGAUAAGUGUCCCAGCAGUAAUAACUGGCCAAUUUCGUGGGAGAGAGUAAAUGGAAGUGAAAAAAAGAUCAUCAACACAAGCACAAAAAGAUAUAAAGGCAGUACCAGUAGACGACUAGUUAUACAGAGAGUUGUGAAAAAAGAUGAGGGAGAAUAUCGAGCUGUAAUAUCACGAGAAUUAAAUGGAAGUCAUUUUACGGUUACAAGUAACAUGCUUUUCCUAAAUGCUUUAGGAGAUCUUCCUAAUCUAGAGAUAUUCCAGGCAACUUCAGGAAUGGAUGAUGUCACUAUUCUUUAUCAUUGUGAUAUUGAAAAGACAUCUCCUGUAAUUGAAAAAAUUGAGUGGAUCAAAGAUGGAGAACCAUUGUCGAUGAAGGCAAAUAAGUACAAAGGCGGUGGUGUCACAGACAGGUAUCUGAAAAUCCUUUCUCCAUCAGCCAUCGACAGCGGUGAAUACAAAUGUAGAGUUUUCAAUGCAGUGGGAAAGCGAAUGAAGCGAAUAGUGCUGGCUACCCCAUCUGUAGCGAUUUGCAAAGAACUGACAGUUCCACUAGGUGGUCAAGUCACUAUUACUCCUGAGAUACAGUCAUGUCCUUCACCAGAAAAAGCAAUUUGGCAAAAAAGUAAAACUCAAACUCCUGAAGAAUUUCUGACGAUAGACAUCGACGAUGCUAGAUAUUCUGGAAGCAGUUUGGAUCCAGAGAAACCUAUUCUUGUCAUUUCAAAGGCAUCCAAUGCUGACAAUUUAUAUUACCGACUAGAAAUCACCAAUGGAAUUGGGAAGUCUACAAGCAAUGCAGUUUUGCUGAAAUUAGUUGGUGAUGUUCCUUCCGUGUUUGCAAACCUUGAAACUAAUAUUGCAGAUCGUAGCGUCACAUUUCAUUGCAAAAUCUCUCUUUCGAUUAAUUACCCAGAGGUGACAGAGAUCAUUUGGAUAAAAGAUAGAGAGUACAUUGACACUUCAACAAGUGGAGGGAAAUUCGCUGGAGGUAGUAUUGCUGAUCCCUCACUAGUAGUUCACAGUGUGAAUUCGAAAGACACUGGUGAAUAUCAAUGCCGUGUGUCAAAUGCAGUUGGAUCAAUGUUGAGUAAACCAAUUCAUCUGGGAAAGCCUAUGGUUCAGAUCGGAAGACCAGAAAGGGAUGAAAAAAAUGACAUAUUAGUCUGUAAAGCUGCAAUUACAUCUAUUCCGGAGGCCACAAAAGCCGAAUGGAGAAUUCAGCAGUCCAAAGAAGACGAUUUUCAACCAAUAGAUGUUCAUGAUGCCAAUUACAGAGGUUCUACUGUUUCCUUACCACAUCCAGUGCUGAUUGUUCGUGGAUAUAGCAAUAAACAGGGUCAACGAUUUCAAAUUAGCGUGUCCAAUUUCGUCGGAGAAACUAGAGAGGUCAUUCUUGAUAAAAGAAUGAAAUUUUAUCGAAAAGGGGGCUCAAAAAUCCCUUUUGCUAGUCUAAAGGACGAUCUUGACAGCUCAUUUCCAAACAAGAAAUUAAAAAGGUUAAAACAACUACUGAUUGGUAAGUAA